UUUCCGUCUGCACUUCACAACCGCGAAUUUCAAGAGAGAGACUGCCGCUUUCCUACUCGAACAACUCGAACAAGCUGCUAUCGUUGUUCAGAUUCUUUGCAACAUGGAGAAAUCCUACAGAUGUGAGGAGUGCGGCAGGCAGUUCAGUCAGCUGGGUAAUCUGAAGUCUCACAUUAAAACUCACACUGGUGAGAAACCCUACAGGUGUGAGGAGUGCAGCAAGCAGUUCAGUCGGCAGGAUAGUCUGAAGAAUCACAUGCGGACUCACACUUGUGAGAAACCCUACAGAUGUGAGGAGUGCAGCAGGCAGUUCAGUCUACUGGGUAAUCUGAAGACUCACAUGAAAACUCACACUGGUGAGAAACCUUACAGAUGUGAGGAGUGCAGCAGGCAGUUCAGUCGGCUGGAUAGUCUGAAGAGUCACAUGAAAACUCACACUGGUGAGAAACCCUACAGGUGUGAGGAGUGCAGCAGGCAGUUCAGUCAGCUGGGUCAUCUGAAGUCUCACAUUAAAACUCACACUGGUGAGAAGCCCUACAUGUGUGAGGAGUGCGGCAGGCAGUUCAGUCGGCUGGGUCAUCUGAAGUCCCACAUGCGGAUUCACACUGGUGAGAAACCCUACAGAUGUGAGGAGUGCGGCAAGCAGUUCAGUCGGCUGGGUCAUCUGAAGACCCACAUGCGGACUCACACUGGGGAGAAACCCUACAGGUGUGAGGAGUGCAGCAAGCAGUUUAGUCAGCUGGUUAGUCUGGAGAGACACAUAAAAACUCACACCGGUGAGAAACCCUACAGAUGUGAGGAAUGCAGCAAGCAGUUCAGUCGGCUGGUUAGUCUGGAGAGACACAUAAGAACUCACACCGGUGAGAAACCCUACAGAUGUGAGGAGUGUAGCAAGCAUUUCAGUCGGCUGGGUCAUCUGAAGUCUCACAUGAAAACUCACACUGGUGAGAAACCCUACAGAUGUGAGGAGUGCGGCAAGCAGUUCAGUCACCUGGGUGAUUUAAAGGACCACAUCAGAACUCACACUGGUGAGAAGCCCUACAUGUGUGAGGAGUGCAGCAAGCAGUUUAGUCAGCUAGGUAGUCUGAAGAAACACAUGCGGACUCACACUGGUGAGAAACCCUACAGAUGUGAGGAGUGCAGCAGGCAGUUUAGUCAGCUGGGUAAUCUGAAGUCUCACAUGAAAACUCACACUGGUGAGAAACCCUACAGAUGUGAGGAGUGCAGCAAGCAGUUUAGUCAGCUAGGUAAUCUGAAGAAACACAUGCGAACUCACACUGGGGAGAACCCUACAUGUGUGAGGAGUGCAGCAGGCAGUUUAGUCGGCUGGAUAAUCUGGAGAGACACAUAAAAACUCACACUGG